GAUGAAUUCAUAAAAUCCAGUGGGGCCUGUUCAGGAUUCCACUCCCGACCAACCACAUCUUAAUUCUCAAUUCAUCUCACCCAACUUGUACGACAACAUCCGCUCACCACCAACUCACCACCAACACCCAAAAGAAACAAAACGAAACAAUACCUUCAAACCUUGAGCAAACACGCUAGCCCACCCAAACCUCAAACAAGCCGCCAACAACAACAACCAUGCCUAACACCAACCCCAACCCCCAUCCCGCCCCACCUCCCAACUCAACCUCCAACCCCAACCCACACCCAACCUCAUCCUCAUCCUCACCCCCAACCAAACCCGCAACAACAGACACAAACCGAGAAACAAGCACAAUCGACGCCCUCCUAACAGGCUACCUCUCCCUCCUAGACGAGUACACCGCGCUCCGCCACACGCUGCACGCCCUCCAGGCCCGGAUGUACCACGACCUGGCGCGGGCCAACUUUGCGGCGGAGCGCGGGGUGCGGCGGUACGGGCGCGACUACUACGACGGGCGGAUGCAGGCCGGGAGGCGGGUGCGGGUUUGCGAUGGGGGUGGUGGUUUGGCUGGGGGGGAUGUGGAUGUGAAGGGUGCGGAGGGGGACAGGGAGGAGGAGGGGGUUGGAGGUGGUGGUGAACGGGAGGGGGAGGAUGGAAAGAAGGGGGAGGAGGGGGAUGAUCCCAGAGAAAGGGAGGGCGUGGUGUUUCGGGUUGCGGUAUACCCCCCGCCGGGACGGGGUGCUGGAGGUAAGGGAGAGGAUGAGGGGCCUGGUACGGAGGCACCGACCACGGAGGCGGCUGACGGGAAUGGGAAUGGGGACAGGGAGGAGAAAAAGCCCGGGAAGGAAGGCCCUGCUGGCGGUGGCGAGGGUGAAAAGCAGAGCGUGAACCCCAUCGACCCCCUCCGCUGGUUUGGAAUCCUUACGCCACUUCCGCUGCGACAAGCGCAAGGGCAUGCGAUCAAAGCAGUGGAAGAGAUUAUCCCCCAGUUGGCGACGCUCAGUGCCGCGAUGGCGGCGGUGGAACUGGAAGUGAGGAGGGCGAGGAAGAAGAGAGCGAAGGCGGAAAAGGCCGAGGAGAAGAAACUUGUGGCCCUAGAGGAGAAGAUGGGGGAGGUGGAUGUUAACGAGUAACGGGGCUGAUAGUUACCUAGGGUUUGUUUUUAGGGCGCAGAAAGCCAGUGAUAAAUCUUGAGCUCACGGCUGGCCUAGAUCACCUCGUCGAUGAGUGGCCCCUAGGUCACGUCCUAACUCUUGAGUGGAAAGUUUUGAUUGUCAUUACCGAG